UAUUAAUUAAUAUAAUUUCCUUUCGCAACGCCAUCUCUUCGGUCUGGUGACCUUUUUAAGUUGGUGACCCUUCCCCAAUUCCCGCCCAAAAUCGCGGUUCGAUGUGUUUUUAUUUAUUUUUGAAUGAACAAAAAUGUCCAUGACCCACGAGCCGCUCCGCUAUGCCCACGACGAGGGGCACACCGACGUCUGCUACACGGAGGACGGAAAGAAAUUCAUCACCUGCGGCUCGGACGGCGACAUUCGUAUUUGGUCCACGGCCGACAAUGAGGAUCCGGUGCACAAUUGCAUCGGCGAAUGGGCCCUGAGUGUGAGACAGAAGGGGGACAAGCUCUAUGUGGCAACGGGCAACAAUGACAUACAGAUACUCACACUGCCUGAUGGUGAGCGGGAUGGAGUGUUGGAUAGGUUUACAGCCCCCAUCAAUCACAUUGCCAUUUCUAAAGAUGGAAAACUUAUUGCGCUGGCUGCUGAAGAAAUGCAAGUAAAGUUAAUAAAUAUAGCAAAUGACAGUAAAGAAGUCUCUACCUUAGAUGGUAUGGAGGGUCCGUGUUUAAGUGUGGCUAUUUCACCAGACUCCAAAUACAUUGUGGCAAGUUCUGGUGACAAAAAACUAAGAAUUUGGAAAACAGAAACACUUAAAGUAGUCAAAGAAAUUGACUGUUUCCCUAAAGUAAAUAGUUUUGCCAAUGCCAAAGUUCUUUGCAGGAUUGAUUUUGAACCUGUAAAAGGUAAUGUCCUGGCUUAUCCACUUGAAAACUCAGUUGUAUUGAUUGACAUGAAUGAUUUCUCUCAAAUUACUAUGUUGUCUUGUGAAGAAGUAUCCUCAUUUUAUUCAUUGGUACAGUAUUCACCAUGUGGCAAAUAUAUUAUGGCAACAAGUGAAGAAGGUGAUUUUGUUAUGUUCGAAGUUGAAACAGAAGUAGUAUCCAACAUAAGUAAACAUCCCAAAUCCAUUGCAAUAACUGGUUUGAUGUGGAAUCCUACAGGAAAUGGAGAACUGGUUUAUACUGAUGUGGAGGGCCAAUUGGGAAUAAUUAAAGACUGCAUUGAACAAAAUAACAGCCAUGAAAAAGGAGAGCAAAUGGAAGGAGUUGAAAAUGGGUUUAGUGAGGAUGUUGAUUUUGGAGAUGUCCAAUUUGAGGAUGAUGAUGAGGACAAUGAAAAUGCUAUUUCUGUAGAAAAACUUAAAAAGGAAAUAAUGGGUGAAACUGAACCAGAACUGGCAAAUCUUAAUGAAGAUUCUUCAUCUGCUCCAACACCAAGACCAAGAACACCAGAGGUUCCACUUCAGCCACCAUUCAUGCCUUCCUCAACACCAGAACACUUGGAUCCCAGAUACAUGUGUUGGAAUAAUGUUGGUGUAAUUCGAAGUUACGGCCUGAACGCGGACGACGAGUCCGCUUCCAAGUCUAUUGAAGUGGAAUUCCAUGAUUCCACCUUCCACAACAGUAUGAUGAUGCAGAACUACCAGGAAUACACUAUGGGGUCAGUCAGCACUAGCGCCCUGGCAGUUGCCAAUUCAAGUCAAAUAAAUGUGAUCCCACUAAACGCUAGCACUAAAGAGUGGAUGCUCCGAAUGGAAGACAAUGAAGAGAUUGUACUAAUAGCGACUUCGGAAAAUUUGGUGUGCUUUGGAAUGGCCAACUAUCUUAUAAGGGCUUGUUCCAUUUACGGUACUCAACGAGGAGUUAUAUCAAUUCCUGGACCCCUUGUAUCCAUGGCAGGUUUCAAGAACUUGUUACUUGUAGCCUACCAUUGUGGUGGAGUAAGAAAGGAUGACCAGUGCAUCAACAUUAAAAUUAUCAAAUUUGAAGGCACAUCUGUUGAUAGUAGAGAUAUAGGUUCAGCUCUAGGGCCUGGAGCUACACUCCAGUGGUUGGGAUUUUCCGACAUGGGUACACCUGCCAUGAUGGACUCACUGGGUAUGCUCAGUAUGUUUCCACCUUCAUGUAAUAUAUGGAUACCAUACUGCGACACAACACGACAUCGUAAUGCUCUUUCGGAUGGAUUUUUUGUCACCGCAAUCUUUGAGUCUUAUCAAGCUGUGGGUGGUAUAAAAUGUAAAGGUACUGUGUAUCCUGGAUUCACACCAAGACCUACCAUGUGUGAAUUACCACUAAAACCACCAUAUGCUGAACCUGUAACAGAUAAAAGUGCUAUGGAAAGUCAGUUAUUUGUGUUCUCCACCUUACAAGUGGAAGAUUGUGAUAAAAAGUACAAAGAAACAGCUUUAAAAACAUUUGCUCUUGCCUGUAAAAAUAAUCUGGAUGAGAGGGCGUUAGAGUUUAUGGAAAUUCUGAAUAAUCCACAAAUUCUUACUUUAGGUAUAAAAUAUGCCACCAAACUUGAGAAACGACGUUUGGCCGAAAAACUUAUGAAUUUAGCACAAAGUAUUUCAGACGAUACCGACGAUUUAGCCGAUAUAACACCAAUUUCUACACCAAAUACAAGUGCAUUAAAACCACCAGUGUACAGAAAGCUUAAACUGAGUUCUACUAAAAUUAUACCUAAAAAUAAAGUUUCGUCCAAAGAAGUGUCAACUCCUGUACAAGCAACAGAAAAUUCAGAAAUAUUAACACCAAAUACUUCAGUUAAUACAACUAUCAAUACUCAGGAAUCAGUAUUCAGCACAGAAGAACCAAAGAACCCAUUCCUGAAAAGUCUGAAAAAAAAUACUAAACCUGUGACUCCAAAUCCCUUGAGUCUGACUGAUGCACAUGCAGGUAUUCAUUUUGAAAAGGAGAACAAAACUAAAAGUGUUGAAACUGGAGAAAAAAGAAAAUUGUCCGACUCAUCCGAUUCAGAAAAAACACCAAAGGAAAAACAGCGUAAACUAGACAUGUUUAAGUUCACUAAACGUAACUAACUUCAGUAAUAGUUCUGAAUUAAUUCAGUAUUUAUAAGCGUUUGUAGGAACUGCGUAUGCCUAAAAAUGCUGAAGUAGUUCCGGACUAUUUAUUUUACAUGUGAACUUAUUUUAUUAGUUAUUUAUGUUUGUAUUUUAUUUUUUAAUAAAUAUACUGUUUUUUAA